CCUUCUGUCACGCGCUAACCACACGGAAGCACGGAAGGAGCUAAAACUUGUCAACAAGAAACUCCGACUGACCUGCUGAAACGAACAACGAACAUAGUGAUGGAGGUUUUCUGACGGUCAUGUUUUUACCCAUAAAACACCAUUAAAAUUCAUAUCUGGACAAGGAGCACUGCCACAAUGACUGUCGCCUUCAAUUCGUUUGCUCUUCUGCUUUGUUUCAUGUCACAAUCUGGGUGGUGCUACCUUUCACACAGUCUGGAACGAUGUGGACAUUCUCUCCAAGUGAUUGACAUUCAGGAGGGAGAGAUCCAGAGCUCUACAUAUUCCAGCUGGUCCUACCGCUUUGGUCCCACAAAUGACUGUUGGAUCAUUAAAGGUUCUGACGAGGAGCCUGUCACUAUCAGCUUUAUUGAGUUUUCUACCCGUUGUAAAAAGGAGUGGGUGUCUAUCAAGUCUUCUGCCGGUGGGGACCCUGUUUUCCUUUGUGGAUCCAGUUUGCCAAAGCCAAUUGCAUUCCCGGGUGGAAAUAUUACAGUGAUGCACCACUUCCUGCCACAUGAUUACCCUGUCUCAGUGUUUCGCUUGAGAUUUUCCAGAGACUCUUAUACUGGUGAAUGUCCACUGUCAUACUUUGAAUGCUUGGGAGGUCGUUGCCUGCCUCUCUCUUGGCGCUGUAAUGGUCAGGUGGAAUGUCUUGGUGAAGGAGAAGGCCGAGGUACUGAUGAGGAGGCCUGUGGUGAUGCUGGAGGUUCAGACAUCAAUAGAAUGCCCCUGAUUAGAAAGGAACCUAUUGUGACCCCUGUUCCCAUUGAGUGGCCAUGUGGGGGACUUCUUCAAACAUUUUAUGGCACCUUUUCGCCGCCUGCCAUUCGGGAUUCCCCACUCUACUGUGUCUGGACGCUGGACCCCCAGGACUCUCGACCUCUAAGACUGGACAUCCAGCAGCUGGUGCUUGGACCUGGUGAUACUCUAACAGUCCACAACAGGGAACAAGGCAGAGGGGAUGUCAUCAAGAUUAUUACCAGUGCCUUCAAUAACAAACCAGUCCAGGUUGAAUCCCACACUGGUUUGCUCUCUCUGACAUAUCAGACCCUUCCAGGUUCCGUUGGAAGUGGCUUCAAUGCAACGUUUCAUGUUGGGAGCUACUGCCCGCCCGGGGAGGGCCGUUGUGGGGGUGCAGCAGGGGGCUGCUUCACUAAGGAGCAGGAAUGUGAUGGGAUGUGGGACUGCCCAGAGACUGGGAAAGAUGAAGAAGGGUGUCAGGGCUGUUCUCUGAACCAGUUUGCUUGUGGAAUGGCCGGACAGAGAAUGGUAGCAUCCAGCCACUUUCCUGGCCGUCCAGUGUGCUAUCCUGUUAGUGAGCGAUGCAACUACCAGCUGUACUGUGCCGAUGGCAGUGAUGAGCGGGACUGCACGGUGUGCCAAAAAGGAACCUUUCAUUGCGACAGCGACAGGUGUGUGUUUGAAAGCUGGCGCUGUGAUGGGCAGAUAGACUGCAAGGAUGGCACAGAUGAACUCAACUGCACCGUCACUCUUCCUCGGAAGGUUAUCACGGCAGCAACUGUCGGGAGUCUGGUGUGUGGGCUGCUGUUGGUCAUCGCUAUGGGCUGCACAUGUAAACUGUAUUCACUACGCACCCGAGAGUACAGCCUGUUCGCACCCAUCAGCCGACAUGAAGCUGAGCUCAUCCAGCAGCAGGCUCCGCCCUCAUAUGGUCAGCUGAUUGCACAAGGUAUUAUACCGCCAGUGGAGGACUUCCCCACCGAAAACCCAAAUGAGACGUCAUCGCUGUCUCUGAGGGGAAUUCUUCAGCUUCUCCGCCAGGAUGCAGCCAACUCCCCACACCGCAGACGCAGACCCCGUUUCAUCCGGAGAGCAGUGCGUCGCAUGCGGAGGUGGGGCCUCAUCCCCAGGCCUCCUUCCAGAUCCUCUCAGACAGCCUCUGGCAGCCAGCAGCAGACAGACAGGGCCCCUCCUGCCCAGGAACAGCCUCACUGUGCUACAGCCAGCUCUUCCUCUGCGGUGGAGGCAGUUAACCAGCCCGUGCCUCAAAAACUGGGCCUGUUGGUUCAGUCUGAGCAGCAGCAGCAUGUCGUGUCAUCCCGUUCACCGGCAGCGGUAGCUCCGCCUGUUGCUUACCCUCCUCCCCCAUAUGCCCCUCCAGCACCUCCGGCAGCCACUUCCCUCACACCCCCUGUGGCUGUCCCCCCAAGCAGCCCUUCUCUUGCCUCAAUCUUUCAGACCCUUGGUCUGAGUAUCUCUCUGUUCAGAGCCCCCUCGACCAACUCCAUUCUCCUCUCAACCUCGCCCACCUUCUCUUCCUCGUACUCGGAUGACGACGUGUUGCUGAUUCCCCUGUCUGAGGACACCACCUCAGAGGAUGACGUGCCCAUGCUGACCUGAGUGACGCCAGAGCUUCCACACACACACCUCAGCUCCAGCCACUUACUGAUAAAAACUGAAACCCCCAUGCGUUUGAGCACAGGAAUGAUCAUGAGAAUCCUGUUGUGCUAGUCUGGUGCCUUUUUUCCAAGUUUCUUCAUAUCAGAUUGGACUUUUCACUAUCAAGUAUUUUGCCGUUUUAAAGCGAAGCAUGGCAGACUUGUGUUUGUGAGCGUAGGUGUGUGUUGGACAUGCACAUGUUUAAUGCUGCGCUGCACAUUGAAGGUAAACGUUUGCACAGAAGAAUAUUCCCUAUCCAGAUGGGACAGAAAGCUGCUGUCACAUUUUAUUUAUCUGUGUGAAUGCAAUUGAGCUUUAUUCUUGUUCAGACAGAGGAGUGUUUGUAGCCCUUGAUUUUCGGCACAUACUCCUGCCACUUGCGCCCAGCCUGGCGUUUUAGAUAGUGUUCCUCUUAUUUAAGUGCCUUCUUGGAGAAAGAUUUUAAUGCUGCCCAUAGAAACACAGGCACAUGCUUCCCUCACAACCCUUUUUCAAAUCCAGUUUUAUUUAUCAAAUGAUGUUGUAUUCAGUCCUCAUGUAUGGAAUCCAAGGCUUUGUGCACACUGCUGUCUUUGAAUCGUAUAAAACCUUCUUAGUUGCCAUGUUUGUACUUCCCAUCAAAUCAUGUAAGUCUCCCAGUAAGCAGAAAGCGUUUCAUUUUAAAGACAGGGUAGAUUAAGUCCCGCUUUCAAACACACUCCCCUUUCUCCCCUUAUUUAUCUCAUAGAUGCCCUCUUAUGGAUGGGGAAAGUGUUUCACAAACUUCAGACAAUCGUAUAGGUGCCAGAAUUUCACGAGUGACAUUCCAGUGUGAAAUACUGGAUCUGAAAUUAACAUUCUCCACUUGAUUGUUUUUUUUUUGUAUUCUCGAGUGGAAUGUGAUCACAACUAGAUGUGCCAUCUGUAGUCCAUGUACAUUUUGUGCUGUUUAUUUUUUUUUUAGCUUGACAUUGUCUUUUGUGUUGGUUUCUGAAUGUAUUGUUUUAGAGGUGGAUUAGCUGAAGGUUAAUUCUCCUUGAAUGAGGUUGAUGAGUGAUUUUGUGGUUGUUAAGGGUCAAAUUCACUGUAAAUAAUGAGUAAUGUGGCUGAGAUUAAACAAUUUGCACUUUUA